AUGAGAAACCAUACAAUGACUACAUUUAUCCUGCUGGGACUGACCAAUGACCCACAACUGAAGGUCGUGAUUUUCAUCUUUUUUAUUCUCACCUACAUUUUGAGUAUAACUGGGAACCUCACAAUCAUCUCUCUCACCUUCACCAAUUCACACCUUAAAACUGCCAUGUAUUUCUUCCUACAAAACUUCUCCUUCUUAGAAAUCUCAUUUACAUCUGCUUGUAUUCCCAGAUACUUGUACCACAUAUCAACAGGUGACAUGACAAUCACAUAUGAAAAUUGUAUCAUUCAAAUAUUUUUUACUGAUCUUUUAGGUGUAACAGAAUUUUAUCUCCUGGCCACCAUGUCCUAUGACCGAUAUGUGGCCAUCUGCAAACCUCUGCAUUAUGUGACCAUCAUGAACAGCAGGGUCUGUAGAAGGCUCAUCCUUUGUUGCUGGAUAGCUGGCUUGGUGGUCAUACUCCCUCCUCUUAGCCUGGGCAUAAAUCUGAAAUUCUGUGACUCUAAUGUUAUUGACCAUUUUAUCUGUGAUGCAGCCCCCCUCCUAAAAAUAUCAUGCUCAGAAACAUGGCUCAUUGAGCAGAUGGUCAUAGUCAGUGCUGUGUUGACCUUCAUAAUGACCCUUGUAUGUGUAGUUCAAUCCUACAUAUAUAUCAUUAAGACCAUUCUACAGUUUCCUUCCAUCCAGCAAAGGAAAAAGGCAUUUUCUACCUGCUCAUCCCACAUGAUUGUGAUUUCCAUCACCUAUGGCAGCUGUAUCUUUGUCUAUGUUAAGCCUUCAGCAAAGGAAUCAGUGGCCAUUAACAAGGGUGUGACAGUCCUCACUACUUCCAUUGCUCCUAUGCUGAACCCUUUCAUUUACACACUGAGGAAUAAGCAAGUAAAACAGGCCUUCAAGGACUCAAUACGAAAAAAAUGUUCAACAUCACUGGUCAUUUGA